AUGGCAUCUGGUGGUGCUGUUGAGAAUGUCUUCGGAGAUGCCUCUUUUCUUCGCAUCUUUCGCCUGAUGCGUCUGACACGGCUUCUGCGAAUGGCCAGACUUAUUCGAAUGGUUCCUGAACUUCUCAUCAUGGUAAAGGCAGUGGCAUCUGCAGCUCGAUCCGUGGGAUUUACCCUGAUCCUCUUGGGUAUUUGCCUCUAUGUUUAUGCCAUUGUUUUCAGGCUUCUGUUUGACCAAACCACCGCCGGAAAUGAGUACUUCCCAAGCGUCUUGAUGGCCAUGCACAAGCUCUUUAUGCACGGCACGCUGUUGGAUUCGGUGUCUGAGAUGAUGACAGAGUCAGCCAUCACCGUGAUGAACAUGUUGAUUGGCGUGCUUUGUGAGGUGAUCACGGCUGUUGCCGAUGCAGAGAAGGAAGCCCUGCAGGUAAGUUGGACCACCGAGGUCCUGCAACAGUGCCUCACUGCGGGAGCUGAUACGAACAAUGAUGGCUGCAUCGACUUGGAUGAGUUCCAACACAUGAUUGAGAAUCCUCAAGUCCGAAGUGUCCUCAGAGAGGCCGACGUGGAUGCUGCGACCUUGAUUAACUUCGCAGACGUGCUCUUCGAGGGAGAAGGCAAGAAGCUGGCCAAGAUAGGCGAUGAACUUCUCACCAAGAUCCCCUUCUCGGAGUUUAUGACCAGGACGCUGAAGUUGCGCGGCAGCAACACCGCCACUGUGAAGGACUUGGUCGAUCUGCGCAAGUGGAUGAGCAAGGAGCUUCUGGCACUGCGGAAGCUUAGCCGGAUGUCCAUGGCAAGUAUGGCGAUGCCAACGGCAAUGCCAUACUCUGUGAACCUGCCCUUUGAAUAUGUUUUGCACGUGUAG